GUAAUUAUAAUAUUAGGACUCUGUUUAGGUUUACUUUUUGCUAUGUUAAUUUGCCCGAACUCCGAAAACGAAUCCUCUUUCAAUGCAAACUACUUCCAAAUUAAUAAAAGGAUCAUAGGAGUCCAUGUUACUUUAGCAGGUUGUUGCUAUUUCAAAUAAAAGAAAUGAAAUCCAGUUAUUUUGUUACUUAUAAGACCAAGAUGUCUCUGCUGAAAUGAAACAUAAAAAUGCAAUAAUGGCAACCGGAAGUUCUCUAAUCGAUUUCAAGGAAAAGAUUGAGGCAGCUGUUUCCAUGGUGCCUUCCAUGACUGCAGAAGAAAAACUUAGAGCUGUUCAGCUGUGGAACAUUUUGUCUGAGAAACUUCAAGAAAUAGUGAAUAGUUCAGCUGCAGAUAUAAAUGCGCUUGCAUUCCAAGAGCCCCCUGCAUCCGUUGGUGCUCCAAGUUUUUUCUUUUAUCCACCAUCUAAACAGUCAACAGCACAAGAGGAAAAUCCAGGGACUUUUGCCACAGAAAAUAGUCAUGGCCAUAUUUCUAACAAGUUCCCAGUUAGAGACAGCAUAGAAGCAGACAAUUCACUUGCUAGUUUUUCUGACAUUCAAUGUGCUGAUGAUGAGUCUAUUCAUAUGGAUGGUGUGUGCCCAUUGACACUUCCCUUAAGCAUUGAGGAGAGGAGUGAGGUUAGCUCUUCUGAGCAACCACCAGAUGCUGAUAAAGGAAAAACCAAACAGUUUGAAUGCACAAUCUGUGGGGUUUCUUUUAGGACUAAAGGCCAUCUUUUAGAUCAUGGUAGAAAACAUACUGGUGAAAGACCGUUUCAUUGCCCUCAAUGUGGAAGUACGUUCACGACUGGAAGUAAUCUCAAAAGACACGUAAAAUCACAUGUUGGUGAUAAAACCUGGACCUGUGUACAAUGCCACGCAAAAUUUCUUGAAAAAAAAACCUUACUGGUUCAUAUGAGGAGGCACACCGGCGAGAAACCAUAUCAGUGUCCAACCUGCAGCAAACGAUUUAGUCAACUGAGUAUUCUACAGUCUCACAUGGCUUCACAUGCUAACCAGCGAUGUCACCUGUGUGAGUUAUGUGGAAAAUCAUUCCGACAAAAAUCCCAAAUGAAGACUCACUUGCUCAGACAUAAAGGAGAUGAAGUUAAAAAAUACUCUUGCCAAGAAUGUUCUAUGUUAUUCCUUACGAGUAGUGACUUCCGACGGCACGCCCGCGUUCAUACUGGUGAAAGACCGUUCAUCUGCGACUUAUGCGGAAAGAAGUUUACUCGUAUGGAGACGUUAAAUGAACAUAAAAAUCGACAUAACGGUAUCAAACCAUUUGUUUGCUCAAUAUGUGACAAAGCGUUUUCUGAGUCGUCGGGAUUCGGAAAACAUAUGAAGAAACAUAACGUUAAAACGUCCGAGCCUGAGGCUUUAGAACAUCGUGUCUGAUUCUGGAGGUAUUGUUCAACGUCUUUUAUAUCAUCGUCGUUACGGGUUUCAAGCAUAGUGAGUGAAAGUGAGGAUAACACUGCUGUGCUGUUUAAUUAUAACCUAAAGUGUCAAUUCAUUAGAUUUUAA